GCUCCUCGUCCUCCUCAUCCCCUUCUCUCCAUAGACAUGGCAUCAGCUCCGCUCGAGGCCGCAACCAAGUCAAACGCGAGGCUCGAUCCCGCGACGUCGUGUUCAUGACAUGUGCCGCGCUCAUGGAUGUGCUUACGACUCUUGCGGGCAGCUGUACCGCGGAUCCACCCCCAGACUCGGCUCGAGACGUCUGUGGUGUUGCAAUGCAUGUGUGUGUGUGUGGACGACAAUGCCGCAGUGGCGUAGUAGACAAAGUGUAUGACAGCCGCACUCUGAGUGGACCCGUCACGACCCAUCAUUCCCUCUGGCUGGCUUUACGUAAAACAGCGAUGUAGGUAGUUGUGUUGCACCACCAUGUGCUUGCUGCUCAUCUUGGUGACGGCUCGGCGACGUGAACAACGUAGGUGGUGUAGCAUGUCGUUCUUGGGUGGCUUUUUGACAACUGCCGACGUCCUCGAACGGUGGGGGAUGGGAGGCCGUGGCAACAACGAGACCCCGUGUGAGAAAUCCACAUGGUGAGUCUGUGUGCAGAUCAGCUUGCAGCCCGUAAGAAAUCCUGCAUGGGUAACUAGUGUGUACAUUCGGCAUACCAGCCCAGGUAAGAAUCCUACAUAGUUCAAGUAAUGUGUUAAUGUGUUUGUAUGUUAUGUACACAUUAAGCAACACACACCCCCUGUGUACAAACCCCUCCCCCUUCCCACCAGCAAGCGCCCCCCCUAAUACAAAACAAAAAUGAAAGAUAAACCGGACCUCGUAGCUGCUACACGAACAAAAAAAAAGAGGGAGGGGGGGGAGUAAAAUAACAAACACUUAUACUAAAAACCCUUCCUCCCCCCCCCUAGAAAACAGAAAAAGAUGAAAAAGAAAAAGAAAAAUUUCUAGCUUUCCUUGUAUAUAUAUAUAUAUAUAUAUAUAUACAUUAAUUGGGAAUAAAGAAAGAAAGAGAAGAAGAAGAAGAGAAAAAAACACCAUAUUCUCUUAU